AUGUCAUCACGAGAAGAUACUCCCUCGAAGGUCGAUGCGGCUGAACUAGCGACUCCUGAGAUCUUCCCACCAGACGAAGAGAAGAGAUUAUUGGACGAGGCGACUGCAGAGAAAGCUUCAGCGAACAAGACAUUCGCAUCAGGAGAAUACAGCGGCGCGAUACAGGGCUAUGAGAAAGCACUUGCAGUUUGUCCGAAUUACCUCGAAUACGAUGUCGCCGUCCUGCGUUCCAACAUAGCAGCGUGCCACUUGAAGUUGGAAGAAUGGAAGCAGGCUGUAGAAUCCGCCACAAAAGCCUUGGAAGCGCUGGACCGGAUAGAUCCUCCCCCAGCACCAAAGGACACAACCCAGGAGGGCGAAAGCAAAGCAACAGGCGGCGGCGCCAUCAACGAAAUCGAUGACACUACCGAAAUCUACCUUGAUGCUCUCACGCGCACCGGUCAUACCAUAAACGACGUUCACAAGCUUCGCACCAAGGCGCUGCUCCGCCGCGCAAAGGCACGCCACGAGGUCGGUGGCUGGGCCUCUCUUCAGGGCUCGCUGGAAGACUACCAAGCCCUCAGGAAACCGCCUCAUCAGCUAUCAAGCCUUGACCAGAAAGCGGUGCAGGCUGCAUUGAGAACGUUACCCGGACAGUUGGAGGAGGCGAAGAACAAGGAAAUGGCGGAUAUGAUGGGUAAGCUAAAACAGCUGGGAAACGGUAUACUGAAACCGUUUGGGUUGAGCACGGACAACUUUCAGUUCACAAAGGACGAGAAGAGCGGCGGAUACAGCAUGAACUUCAAUCAGAGCGGUAAAUAA